GAUGAAACGGAAGUACGUCAAGGAGCUUUUCUAUUUAGAUUAGACAUACGAUGAUACAAACAUUUACUCUACCUAGUAUGACGAAUAGUGUGAGGUUUGAGAGAGUACGGCUAAUUUCCAUGAAUUUAGUUCAGAAGCAGCAUGAUUUUCAUUAUGAAUAUUAGUGCAUUAAGUUGAUACAAACAUUGUGUUUAACAACUUUUAAACGAUAUGGCAGCAGAUGACCAAACACAGAGCCUGUCAUUGUGGCUGUAUCAUUAUCUAUGUCAAAACAUUGUGGGAUAUGAGGAUUAUGUCAAAACGAUUAGAAUGAUGAAUAAUGCAAGGGAUAAUUUAGAUCUUAUCGAUGGAUAUGUAUGUAUCACAAGUGGUAGUUUUGGAGAAGGCCUCGAAUUAGAAGGUAGUGAUAUAGAUAUAAUGCAGGUAAUGAAGGAAAUCAAAGUAUAUGAACACAGGCCAACAGCGGUUCAGAAAAAUGAUAAGGCAUACUUUUCUAUCGACAUGGAGGGCACAAAACCGGGAUUUGCUUAUUUAUUGUUUGAGUAUACUCGUGCUGUGAACGUUUUGCCAAUGUGUAUAAACGUUCGAGGGAAGUUAUGUCUUUCAAAUGUCCUGUUUAAACAGAUGUUCCGAAAUACAUGUUUUACUGUCGAUCACGGUCCAUGUUUAUCAGAUAAAGAAGGUCUUUAUGAUUUGUGUUUUUGUCUGCAUAGUAAAUCAUGGAUUUCUGCAGCAAAUCAGUGGAUUACAAGACCUAAUAAUUCAUGGCCAAGUGAUGAAGUUAAGCAAAGUAUCAUAGAUCACGGGGUCCUGUUUGUGCCGAUCGGUAUGAAAGGAUCUGAAAAUGAAGAAGUAGAAUGGUGUUUGUCUUACUCUGUCGGAGAAAAACUUCUUAUUUAUGCAUUCAGUCAUACUCAACUACUUUGUUAUGCCCUAUUGAAAAUUCUUUUGAAAGAUGUCAUCAAUAUUGACAUGCGAUGUAAAGGUUUACUCUGCUCAUAUUUCCUUAAAACAAUUGUAUUCUGGGUUUCAGAAGAGUUACAACCAUCAGUAUGGACACAAGAAAACUUACUACCCUGUUUUAUGGGAUGUUUCAGGAGGCUGCUUUAUUGUGUAGAAUACUCAGUUUGUCCGCAUUAUUUUAUUCCGGAAUAUAAUUUAUUUGAGAAUAAGAUUAGGGGAAAUGAACGACAACUAUUGUUAAACAAUUUAUAUGCAUUACACAGUAACGAUUGGAGAUGUAUUUUGUUUUCUCCUCAGAUCACUCAAUUUGGCCGUUCGCCGAAUCUCAAUUUUCCUAUUACACCAUUCAUUUGUAGUUUUCAAAAGGUUGUAAGUUCCAAAAAUCUGUUAAUUUUAAAAAAUAUGCAUCUUCUUAAAGGAAACACCAGAAAACGCUAUGUUCGGACAAUUCAUAAUUUGCUUUUUCUGCAAUCUUCAAAAAUAAAGUCCAUACACCUACACUUUAUGUCAGUUGUAUGUGAAAAUAUGCCACAAGCUAUACCACUGAUUAAACGAGAUGGUAACAAAUACCAAUAUAAACAAUACAACACCUGGCUAAGUUACUUACUACAGAAUACACAUCAAGAUUCUGUGUCUAAAUGGUUGAUGUUGGCUUCUUUCUUCUAUAGAACACAACAAUAUAACAAAGCCCUAUACUUGACGCUAUAUUCGUUGUCAAAGUGUACUUUGGAAAAAUUGUGCCAUGGUAAAGAUUUAUCAGACAUUCAUUUUGAAGUGUUGAGUUUAGAAACAAUCAGAAAGAAAGGAAUAACAAAUUUAAUGAAACUGCUAAGAGUAAAAUCUUGCGUUUUUGUAGGGAAUUCUCUUAUUCCUACAGAGCUACAAAUGGAUGUAUACAAAGAUUUUUUGUUUUGUAAUGUCAUACCAGCAGUCGUGUGUGCAAAUUUCUUACGCGUGUUAUGUCAUUACCAUCUCAACAAUAUUAGACAAUGUCGAAAAGCUGUCAGCGAUUUAGGUCUUACAAUAGCUGAAGAACAUUUCAUUCCGAAUAUAAUUGCUGAAAAAUCUUACUCCUACGACUGUUUUGGUGUAGCUUUGCAGUUGAUUUGUGAAACUGAAAAGGCCAAACAAGCCUUUCUACGGUCAAUUGAACUCGUACCUGAGCGAGAGCUCAAUGUGGCAUACCAGAGAUUGUAUGAAAUUGUAAAAGAUGAUGGUCCGGUACUAGUGUUAAAACGGCCCAAUUUGCAAUAUAUUUUCGAAGAUUAACAUUCUAUUAUUUUAUGUUUAUGGCUACUCUAAUGAUGAGUAAACAAAAGUAUGUAUGUAAGGAAUAGUCAUUUAAUGCUGCUGUUGUUCUAUAAUAUAUAAUUGAAGUAGAGUGCUUUUGUAUAAAAUGGAGAUAAACCUUUGAUCUUAUGUGCUUUACAAUCACAAUUCAAAUUGACCAUAUAGGUGUUCAGUCAUAGAAUUGCCUCUGCAAAAUAUCUUUUUACAACUAUCUGUUCAUGCAAGAUAUUUUCACUGAACACGAGUCCUGCCCACCAAAAUUUAAAAACUCGUUCAUCAUAUUUUGUUUGAAAUUUUAAAAGUAGCCCUACUCUGACAAAAAAUAGUGUUUUUGGUGUCAUUGUUUACUUAAACUAACUAACAAAUUUGCAGAAAUGAAAAUUUUGGUGAAAGAGAAAUAUAUUUUGACCAUUUUGAGCCCAAAUUUACUUGUCUAUUAGUUUGCAUUAAAAAUAUAGGAUUAAUGCGCUCCAUAGUAUACUAAUUUAAGAUUUCCAGAAAACCAAGGGUUAACUUUAGUAGUACUUGGCUUCCGAAGGGCAGUUCUUUCUUAUAAGACUUUAAAAAUGGGUUGAAAAUUGGCAUGAACAAAGUUGAUACAUGUACACUUUAGGAUAUACCUGGUUUCUAUGAAGUUAAACUUAAGGUAAAGUAUAUAGAAAGCUGUGGAAAUUGCAAAAUUUGGUUGAAUAGAUAGGGAUUUUUAAUUGGUGGUCUGACACCUUUAAAUAUUUACAUUUCUGGUUUGAGCUAAGGCAUCAACGAUACGACAAAACAACGAACCAUUACUAUUGGAGAGUUAAAAUGAGUCUUAAUAAUCUUUCUGCUAUAUUUAAUCAACUUAUUUUCAAAUGUCAUGUUCAUACUAAAAUUGGAUGUUCGAUAAAAGUGGCUGAUGGACAACAAGUUGACGCUGGCUCAUUUUAAUAAAACAUUUGUGGGUAACUUUAUUUGGUUCAUUUAUUCAUUUCAUUCAUAUUAGUAUUUUUAUUGUUUUCUCAGAAAGAUUGAUUAUCAUAUUUUUAUUACUUUCAGAGUGUUUCAUUCAUUAAAUUAUAGUGACGUAACGAGCCUCGAAUUAGCAUUCAACAUAUUUUUCCCUUCUCAAUCAAUCAGAGCGCUCAAUUAAGUUCCAGGGGAUUGCAGUGAUUGUCUUCUGGAAAUUAUUUCCAGCUCAGAUUCUCAGAUGUGUAGACGUAUAGACGUAUAGGUAUAUGGAAAGCCAACGGGGUCAAAAUUCUAAAUUCGUAAUUGUCAAUUUAUUUGAAGAAAUUGAAAAAAAUCAUUACCUCGAUAAAAUAGUCUAUUAGGCAACUUCUUUUUUCAAGAACAUUUAAAUUACUGUAAAUUUAGAAAUUAUUGCGAGAUUUUUAUUAAUGCGAAUACUACAACUAGGUGAGUAUCGCAAUAAUAAGAAAUCGGAUUUUGAUACCUUAUACGUAUAUAUGUAUGCAGAUUUCCCUAAAAUUGCAAGAAUUAAUCUCGAAUUUCUGUCCAUUUUUCAAAAAUCGCAAUAAUACUUGUCACUGUGUAGUUUGUACAUUUGUGAUAUGUAUAUUUGUAAUUCUUGAAUUCCUGAUUAGUUAAUUCAACAUUUGUAUAUUGAUCAUUAGGUGCGCCGCUGUAGGACUUUCGGGUAUAACUGUGCCGAAUGUACUUGUCAAAUCAUACCCUGUUCUUUACAGAAAAUAUUGGCCCUGAAAUGACAAAAUUAAUGUAAAACAAUUCAAACGAGAAAACUAUCGGCCUAAUUUAUGUACAAAAUAAUGAACGAAAAACAAAUAUGUUUCUAACCCCAAGAUGAGAUUAAGAUGCAUUAAAUUUAGUAUCUCUUAAUUCAAGUAGUGUUAAUACAUUUGUAUGCACCAAUAAUACCAUCCUCAUUAUGUUUGUUCAGUAUUCCAUUUAAGAUUUCCAGAAAUCCUGAUUUUUGCAAUAUUUUAUGUUUUUUGUCCCAAAAUGAGAUUAAGAUACAUCAAAUUUAGUAUCUCUUAACUCAAGUAGUGUUAAUACACUGUUAUGCACUAAAAAUAUCAUCCUCAUUAUGUUUGUUAAGUAUUCCAUUUAAGAAUUCCAGUAAUUCCGAUUUUUUCAAUAUUUCAUGUGUUUGCCCCAAAUAACAUCCAUAUUGGUCAUCUAGUAAAGUUCGAUUUGUUAGAUAAGUUGUUAUUCAAUAAAUGCAUCUUUGUAAUAACGUUCACUUCUUUCUUUUCUUCGUAAAUUCCUCAGCAUCGGUGCACCCGUGUCACACUAUAUUUUGCUUUCAAUCUAUUAUUAAAGAUUACAAGAAAUCUUUAGGUUGUGUUAUAAUUUUUAUUUUUGUUGCCCCAAAAAGAGAAGAAAAUUGCUUCAAUUAUUUAAAUAAUGAUAUUUUCUCAGAAAAUCAUGUUUUUGCGACUAGAAAAUUUUAUAACAAAAAGUCUGAGACUGGGCCAAAAAAUAUCCCUUUAUACUAGCCCUACUCCUUUCCGAAUUAUUGAUUCUGCUGUUUUUUGUUUUGUUUUGUUUACUUUUUAAUGUAGGGGCUACUCGUUUAUUAUUAAUGCUUUUUAGAGUCGAAGUUGAAAACCGGUAUGAUAAUUUAAACAGUUGCAAUUUGCUCAGUUGCUUUGUAUAUGAUCUGACAUAUUAAAGGCCACGUGUCUAAUGUCUUGUUUUGCUUUUCAUUAAAGUAUUUCUCAUG